GUGGUUAAGGCGCUGUGUUUAGGCAACCUGUACUUGUACAGAAGCAUAAACCGCAGUUCGAAAGAGCGUGGGUUCAAGUCCCACUCCAGUCAAUGGCGCUUAUUCUUUUGUUUUUUGGAGGUCGCCGGGCAUGUGGGGAGGUCGGAGAUGUGGUUUUGUAGGCCAGGGUGAGCUACUGUGGGGGUUCCGCGGGCCAACCUAGCACACACGUACUACGAGCUCCUAGGCGCCGAACUCUUCUUUUACUUAAAGUACGAAGAAACUUCCCAACGCGAGACUGGAUUGGGGGAGAAGCGAGUACAGACGUGCGCAGCGAAUGCGCAGCUUGUAAACCAUCACUGUCCGAUCAUACGCAGCCUACGUUUGCACACCUCGCUAAACGCAUCAGCUACAACUCCUCCAGCCUCCCGCACAGCGAUCUAAACCCUUCUACCGCGUUGUAAAAGCGCAAGAGAAAAGACCAUGUCGUCGCAGCAAGACGACCUCCUCGCCUCGUCCUCGUUGCGCAACGCGCUGGCCACCUUCGGCCCCUCCAGUGCGCAGUACAUCGGCAUCAAGUACGUGGUCGACGAGCACAUGGCCAAAGCCGCGCUGCAGAGUCUGAGCUUAGGGCCGCAGCAGGGAGAGGAGGUGCAGGGCCGGGAGGGCAGUGGACAGAGAAUGAAUCUGGCGUUUCGACCGAGAGAAAAUUGAGUGGGCUGGUUUGGGCAUUGCUGGUCCGAUUUAUUGAUCGAGAUGAGAGAUGAGGAAUGGAUUGCAUUGAGGAGUGGGUUCGGGUGAGUGAGGAUGUGUUGGGCGUUAGGGAGAGCGGGGAGCCGUUGAGCACGACGCGAGUGAGGAGAAUUCUCAGAACGAUAUGGGUUACUGAGAUGAACAUCGCAUUGACGACAUGUAGGUAGUCGUGACAAAAGGUGACUGAGCUACGCGCAGAGACUCUCCAAGCGCAUUGCCCACCAUAGGAUGACUUGGCCCACACUGAGUCUUCAGGUCUACUACGAUCACGACAAGCUCACCCAAAACAAUCACAAAUGGGAAUCCUCGACGGAC